AUGACUAUUAAUGGGUUUAUUUCGGAACCCAGCAACCAUCUGUUUCACUUACCAACAGACGAAGCAAAAGGCGUGACAUCAGUUCUUGAAGAGAUUGAAGGGAUCAUUCUCACCGUCCUUUACGCCAUAACGAUGCUCGUAACAUUUGCAGGGAAUGGUUUCCUCAUCUACAUCGUGUGGAAGAAACCUGAGGUAAGAUCACUGACAAGCUUUAUGUUCGUCAACAUGGCCAUUGCCGAUUUGCUGGUGGGAUUGGUUGUGAUGCCCUGGUCGAUUGCCCAAGUACAUACAGACGGCUUAUGGAUGAUACCAGGAGUAUUUGGAAAAGUCAUGUGCAAAGGUGUGGUAUACAUUGCCUAUGCCACAUUAACAGCGUCCAUCCUCUGCCUGACAUUCAUGACAGUCGAUAGGUACUAUGCCAUCAGUCAUACUUCUGUUUUGGGUGAUCCAUAUAAGGCUAUCCGAGGCCUAUUCCUCUACCUUGUGGUGUUGAACUAUCUGAUCCCUUUGAGUGUUAAUUCUAUCCUGCACACUAUAAUUGCGAGGAGGUUAUGGUUCCAUGUCGCACCUGGAAAUCAGCAUUUAACAGGGAAUCGAGAGCAACACGAAACUUCUGAGAGAAGAGUGGUUCGGACGCUCGUUAUUGAAACCUGUGCGUUUUCCUUUUGCUGGCUUCCUGCACAAGUGGUUCACAUGAUAUUUGCCAUGCAAACAUGGAAUAUUGAGCCAAUUGUCAUGUAUGUGUGCUUUUGGUCUGGCCACGCCAACAGCGCCAUCAACCCAUGGCUAUUGAUCUACUACAAGCAGAAACUACGCAUAGCAAGAUGUCAGAAGGUAAAUGACAUAAUUGAUAUGUUGAUAUCAGAUCCCGCAAGUGGUAAUUGCUUCGAACGAUUUAGUCUCGGCCAAUUUACAUGCCCCGACAAGAGCACUUUAGAAAACCAUAUGUGUUGA